CGUGUUGAAUGCUGGGUUCGUGUGAAACCAACCAACAAUUUCGCCCAAGGACUGAUUGACGUUCAAGAUGAUUUGAAAACGAUCAACAUCCAGGCAGCCAAAGAAGCAGACACCUCAGAGACUAACAACCAGAAGACGAGUUGGUCGUUCAAGACAGAUGGCGUGCUAGCAAACGUCAACCAGCAGCUCGUCUUUGAAACUGUCGCUAAGCAAGUUCUUGACUCUCUUCUCCAGGGCUGCAAUGGCAGUAUAUUCUGUUAUGGACAGACAGGAGCGGGCAAAACCUUCACAAUGACGGGGCUCUCAGAAAUAUUUGAUAACAGGGGCCUGGUACCUCGCUCCAUCAGUUACAUCUUCAACCAUGUUCAAUCGGAUUGCCAACGAUCCUUCAAUAUCUCCAUAUCUUACAUAGAAAUCUACAACGAGGUGAUGUACGACCUGCUGCCUCACAGCUUUAAAAACGACAGCCGUACCAACAAGAAACAGUUCGAGCCGCUGGCCAUCAAAGAACUCGAUGAUAACAAUUUCGUAGUCAAGGGAAUGAAUUGCUAUCCAGUGACUUGCGAGAACGAGGCUUUAAAUUUGCUCUUUGAGGGCGAGAUGAACCGAACGAUAUCCUCCCACAAGAUGAACAGGCAGUCGUCCAGGUCGCAUUGCAUAUUCACCAUUUACCUUCAGAGUCACUCCCUGGUGCAUUCUGACAAUCGCUACAUGAUGAGCAGGUUGAACUUCGUCGAUCUAGCUGGCUCGGAAAGGAUUAAGAAAACUCAAUCUAAGGGCAAGACCCUGGAAGAAGCGGGCUACAUAAACAAAUCCCUGCUAUAUUUAGAGCAGGUCAUAACAGCCUUGACCGAAUCAAAUCGAGGUCACGUGCCCUACAGACAAUCCAAGUUGACCUUCUUUUUGAAGGAUUCAAUUGGUGGUUGCUGUCUGACUCGACUGAUCGCCAACGUCUGGGGGGAGGCCAAGCAUUUGUUUGAGACUGUAUCAACAUUAAGGUUUGCAAUGAGCAUGAUGAAGGUGAGGGAGCAACCGACCAUCAACACAUACGUCGAUCCGUGUAUGCAAGUGACGCUGCUGGAGCAGGAAGUGACGCGACUGAAGCGUGAAUUAGCACUGCACGAUGCACUCAACAGCAGCAACAACAACAACAACAAACGAACAACAAACAACUAUGACGGGCUGUGUGAGAAGGAGAGAGUGAAUAUAAGGCAGUGUGUGAAGGCCUAUGUUGAAGAUCAUUGCGAUGACAUUGAGAUCGUGAGUGCCACGCAAGUUAAAGAAGUUUUUUCAGCCUUCAAAUCCAUCUACCAAGAGAGCUUGAAAGCAACGAACGAUGCAUACCAUAGCAACUACAUCCUUCUGAAUGCCCACGAUCCAAACAUCGUGUCAAUGUUACAAGCGGUUGGAUUGCUGGGAGCAAACGCAGCUGCUGCUACUUCAGUUACUGUUGCAGCUGCUACUGCGGCCACUGCUGCUAAAACUGUUGCUGCAGUUGUCGGCGAUAAAAAAGAUGAUGACAAAAAUGUUAAGCAGUCUUGUAAGUUAUGUGGCUUUUGA